AGAGAUAGGCCGGAGGAAAGGGAGAUCAUCGAACACCCGACUUCCUGCUAUGUCAUCGGUCGCUCAGGGACAGGGAAGACGCUCACAAUGAUGUACAAAAUCGUCGCUAUUGAACAUGGUUGGGCAUCUUCGUACACGUGGGGACUCACGAAGCCGCGUCAACUGUUUGUGACUCGCUCACGUAUGCUGGCGGGUCAAGUCCACCGGACGGUCAAUGAAGUUCUAGAGUCCUUCAGAUUGGCUGAGAUGACUCAAGCAGAGCUAGCUGAACUCAGGACAAGACGUGAUCAACCAGAGGAGUUACGCCGUCCUGUUCCCAAGAAAUGGAGCCAGCUCGAUGACGAUCAUUUCCCACUAUUCCUCAGUUUUGAUCAAGUAAUUCAUCGGCGCUUUGAAAAGUGUACAAUAUCUGAGGGUUUUUGGAAUAUGAGGUUUGAUGAAGGGUCAUUUGUCUCUGGAAAGAGAUUCAUCUCAACCUACUGGAGUCGCUUUCCACAAAGGUUGACGCACGGUCUAGACCCGUCUUCAGUCUUUGGAGAAAUCAUGGGUGUUCUGCAAGGCUCUGAGGAGGCGCACAACACAGCUAGAGGGUAUCUGAGCCGGGAAGCGUAUCUAGGAUCAAGCGAGCGGGCCUAUUCGACAUUUGCUACCGAGAGAGAGAGGAUCUACAACAUCUUUGAAGCAUAUCUUAAGCUGAAACGGCGUCGGCAGGAAUAUGACGAUGCAGAGAGGUCACGUACUCAACUAAAUAUCACCAGAACGCACAAUCUGCUAGUGCUGAUGGUCAAAGAGAAACUUCCAGGACCCCCAGUCCAAUUUCUGUACAAUGAUGAAGUUCAAGAUAAUCUGAUGAUCGACAUGCUCUUUAUGAGAUCCCUCAGCAAUAAUUCAAACGGAAUCUUCUGGGCGGGUGAUACAGCACAGACAAUUACGCUCGGUAGCUCAUUCAAAUUCAGUGAGCUAACUUCACUCAUGUACAGAGUGGAGAGGAGGGAACCUAAUCGCCUACAUAUCCCACCGCAUACAUUCAAUCUCACCGUAAACCGCAGGUCUCAUAUGGGAAUCAUAAACGCUGCUCAAACCGUCGUGGACCUCCUCACUACCUUAUGGUCAGAGUCCACUGACAAGCUGAGUCGCGACAAGGGCCACAAGCGAGGCCCGAAGCCCAUCUUCAUCAGAGGCUCCACUGAACUGUUCAAGCUACUCGGCCAUAGAGAGAAUCUUGGAGUAUCACUUGAGCUUGGCUCUGAACAAUGUGCGAGCUGCACCAUCGUGCGUGACGAAGUCUCUCUCGACGCGUUGUUCUCCCGUGGCGUCCUUGGUGGCGUAACACUGACCGUGGAGCAGAGCAAAGGGCUUGAAUUCAACGAUGUAUUUCUAUGGAACUUCUUUGGGAGCUCAGAGUCAAGUAUGAGAGAAUGGGCGGUGUACCGCAAUGUAUGCAGGGAGGCAGGUAUAUUUCACACCUUUCUCGGGCUUGUCGUUGAGAUCAUUCGCUCACAGCUCAAGUGUCUGUAUGUCGCAAUCACACGGGCUCGUAACCAUCUGUUCAUUAUCGAAGAGACGGUUAUAUCACACCCAAUGCUGAAUCUCUGGCGCAGCAAGGAUCAACUGGACAUCGCAAGCAAUCUCGAAUCCUGGAUUUUGCCCGUUUCCAAAUCUCUCCCUGAGGACUGGGCAAAACGAGGCCGGAUACUCAUGGACAAGCAAAAUUACGAGCAAGCGAAGUACUGCUUUCAGAGGGCCGGCCUCCCACGAGAAACAAACAUUGCUCAGGCGUAUCACCUGCGCGAGAGCGCAGUCACUGCCGAGCAAUUUGUGGAAGCUGCUCAGUUGUUCGAGUCGUGUGCUGCUAAAACUCUAGACGUGGCAGACAGAAAGGAGCUCCUCCUUGCUUCCGCUACAUGUUUCAGUCGCGCCCGUGACAACUUGCGGAGCGCAGAGCUAUACCAUGCUGCUUUGGAGUACACGAAGUGCAUUGUCCAAUACUGCAAGGCAACAUCGUGGCAGAAGGCCCUGGAUGUCAUUUGUCAACAUCGGGACGAUGUCGAGCUUCGAGCCAUGCAGAACGUCCUUUUACAUUUUUUCGACCUGGGCCAGUACAGCCGCAUAGCGGAGGUAUUUGCUGACACAGAAGAACUCAUCCUAUUUAUGAAGAUUCACGGAAUGAAGCCUCACCUUGCUGCUUACCUAGAGCUAUUGGGGCGAUACCAGGAGGCUGCGGAGAUCCAUCUUGGUCUCUCUCAUAUCCCCCAAGCGAUUGCACUAUUCUUCCGUGAUCCGGAUCCCAACUCAGCAGCGCAGGGAACAACCAGACUCCUGGACGAACUUUGGCAAGUU